AUGCCAGCAUCGCACUUACUAUACUUUGAACUGGAACUCCAUCCAACUCAUUACCAAGAUUCUAUGGCUGGUAACAGCUCACCAGAUUACAAGGCUCUCUUCCUCAAAGAGGCAGAGUUACGAAAACAAGCAGAAGCGCAUACCCAACCGACAACCUUUAGGGUGUUUGUCCAAGCCUGUCACGAUCUACUUUCUCGUCCAUUGAAAGCCGGCACGCCAACUAAGUCCACGAAGGGCAAGAUCCCGCCACCUACUGGAAAAUACUGCCCAACACGACUUCGCUACUGGUCGGACUGUCCAGUACAGCAGCAGGAAAUUUUUAAUGCGGUUUACACUUACCUGCAACCUACGGAGGAAGAUGCACUCCAGAUAUUCGCACCCCUAGCUGAAUUACACGGCCUCAGUCGACGCUUUUCCCGCCGAGAGCUGCGAAGUGAAAAGGACCUCGAGAGUUACGAGCGAUUCGCAGUCGAGGACCAUGUCCAUGAUAUCAUAGCUGAACUGUGCAAGAUACCGGGCGCCCGACAGAGAUUCCAACUUGGCAACGGGAUUAUGUUUGACAACCAUUCGAAUGCCUUAGAGGAGCCAGAAGAUGACGAUGAAACACCAAGUACACAAUAUUCGAGACCGGACCAGUUUUGUAUCCAUCGAGUCGACGGCACCACCAAUACCUUACUGACCACGGUCGAGUACAAGCCGCCGCAUAAGCUCAGAAUAGAGGACGUACGAUCGGGCCUCCGAUCCAUGGAGUUUUGGAAGGAUGUCGUUAACCGGAACAAAAUACCUACCGAUAAGAAUCAAAAGCUGAAGUACAACGCAGAACAACUGAAUACUCUUAUAUCACGAACGGGUUGUCUUUGA